CAGAAAGAUUCCUUCUAUACAUCCUCCUCCUCCUCCACCUGACAAAUUCUUCAAUUCGGGAAGUUCCCAUCUGAUUUUAGGGUUUCAGGCGUCGGCUCACGCCUCGUUCACAUACUCUUUUUCUUGAUCCACUUGAGGCUGAGAGACCAGGCAAGCAGCCGCGGGAGACGGGGCACGAAUCAAAGGUUGUAACUUUGACAGGUCCGGGGCGCAGAUCCUCGUAACCCCUCAGAGGAAGGAGAUGGCGUCGAAAAUUCUUGCGAACCUGAUCGUGAUGGGCGGUGGUAUCUUAGCUCGAGCUUUUGUUCAGGCGUAUCGUCAAGCUCUUGCCAAUGCCUCAAAAACUGGUGUUGCCCAAGAAACACUACAGAACACUGUCCGCCGAGCUAGCAAGGUCAUGACGGAGCAAGAAGCAAGGCAAAUUCUUGGUGUGACCGAGGAAACCGCUUGGGAAGAGAUAUUGAAGAAAUAUGAUGUUUUGUUCGAGAAGAAUGCGAAAAAUGGGAGCUUCUACAUUCAGUCUAAGGUUCAUCGGGCUAAGGAAUGUUUAGAGUCUGCGUAUCAAGGUAAAGGCCAAAGUACCCCAAGUUGAUCGUCCAGGGCUUGUGCAUAAUCUUGUAGUUUGUACUUUCAUGAGGCGAAUCGGCCGGGUACCUGAAAGGUGGAAUUUGUCAACAUACGUUGCACUGUAUGUAUUUUGGUUUUAAGUUCAUCCCUACUGCCAAAUAAUGUGAUCUCAUUGCUAAUUUAUGUAGCAGUCGGCCGGCAAAGUUACGUCCUUCUGAUAAUAAUCAGCAAAGAUAUGAAUGGGUUCUAUACAAAGUAAUGACAAUGACUUACAAGAUUUUGUCUAUUUCCCCCUC